AUGGCUGGUGAGCCUGCUAGAGUAAGAAGCGAGGUCGUGGGGAAGAAACAGAUUAGGAAAGGGCUGCCUUCUUCAUUAGGCUUGCUGAAGGUUUAUGUGAACAACUUUGAGAUGGAGGGGGAAAUGGGAGGAGGAAAGGAAGGAGCUCAGCCAGACUUUCACAGCAUUUUUGAAAUAAAAGACAAUGUCUUGAGUAAGAAGAGGAGGCUGUUUAUCCAUUCGGUGGGCACGGGUACAAUAAAUGCCUUGUUGGAUGACCUAUUAGAGGAUGGAGUGAUUCGGCAGGAGGAGAUGAACAAAGUGAGAUAUGAAAAUGACACAGUUAUGUAUCAGGCUCGAGUCUUGAUUGAUCUUGUUAUUGGGAAAGGAUCCCGUGCCUGUCAGAAAUUUAUUAUGUAUCUCCGUGAAGAAGACCCUGAACUGGCAUGGAAGAUGAGGCUGCACUCAAGUAAGGUCCAAUGA